AUGUUCAGAAGAGGAAACACUGUCAAGAUCUUCAAAGCACCCAAAACAGUCUGGGAGCAACUUCAGCAACUAACCUGGACCAGAGUGACCAGAGGAGGACGAGGCAGCUAUGCAGUGAACCCGGGACAAGAUCCAGGCUACAAGGAUCCAGGUUGUGGUUCUCCGUGCUUUCAGGAGAACCGCAGCCCCUCCCUCAGGACAUUAAGAGGAAGAGGAAGAGAGAGAAGCACAAGAAAAAGAAGACAGAAGAAGCAGGAGCAGAGAGAAGCACAAGAAAAAGAAGACAGAAGAAGCAGGAGCAGAGAGAAGCACAAGAAAAAGAAGACAGAAGAAGCAGGAGCAGAGAGAAGCACAAGAAAAAGAAGACAGAAGAAGCAGGAGCAGAGAGAGGUCGGCGUGUGUAAGAUGGAGCUGUUCUGCUGGGACGGUGACUCAGCAGGUUUACCGUCUGUCAGCAGAGACUGUCUGCUGCUGCUGGCCUAUGCUAAGUUUGCUGGAGCGCCACUCAAACUUCAUAAGAUCUGUAAUCCCUGGAGGAGUCCAAGCGGUUCACUUCCUGCUCUGAGAAUCGAUCAGGGAACUGUUCUGUCCAGGCCCUCUGACAUCAUCAUCCACCUCAGGAAGCAGAAAUAUAAUGCAGACUACGACCUCUCUGCCACAGAGGGUGCCGACAGUCUGGCCUUCAUCUCGCUGAUGGAGGAGAAGCUGGUUCCUGCUCUGAUUUAUGCGUUCUGGAUCGAGCCAAAGAACUACGUGGAAGUGACGCGCCGCUGGUACGCAGAGCACAUCCCCUUCCCUCUGAACUACUUCCUGCCUGGGCAAAUGCAGCGCGCUCAGCUGGAAAAACUGCGCCUGCUGCGAGGAGAUGAGAACCUGGAGGCCGGGGAGGAGCUGGAGAAGGAGUUGUACCGUGAUGCGUCGGAGUGCAUGAACCUGCUGUCUCAGCGGCUCGGAUCACAGAAGUUCUUCUUUGGAGACUUGCCGUCGUCUCUGGACGCCUACGUGUUCGCUCACUUGGCGCCCAUCCUGAAGUCCAAACUGCCCAACGCCAAACUGCAGCAGCACCUGAAGCUUCUGGACAACCUCAGCAACUUCUGCACCAACAUCCUGCUGCUCUACUUCCCCCGAAACAGCAGAGAGACGUUUGGUGAGAAAGCGUCCACGCAGAGUGAAGGUGGCGACUUUGACCACGUCCCCAACAAAAGGUGGAAACAGCUUCUGUCAGGACUGGUGGCGCUGGGUGCCAUGUUGAGCUACGCCCUGCUGACCGGGAUGGUGUCCAUCCAACAUGUCCAGCAGGAGGCCCACGAGGAGCCCCCUGACCUGGAGACCCUCAGCCCCCAUGACCACGAGGAUGGAGGUGAAGGCUGAGCGGGACGUGGACCGAGCUGUGACAUCAUUAUAAACACAGAGGGCAUAAAGUCAAUGCGGGGACACAGACUGGACUUUGGAUCAAUGUCAGCUGCUGA